AUGCUCUUCGCUAUUGGCCUUGUUGUUCUCGCUGUGCCGUUCGUGCUGGCUCAGUCAGGCGGAUUCACCCAAGCUGUCUCCAAGCUGUCCUAUCCUCCCUCGCGCGGCUCCGACCCCCUCGUCUCCUCCAUCGGCCCCUGCCAGGCCUACGCCCUCGGCGGCCGAGUCCCCUACCCGCUCUCCGGCGGCCGCAUCUCCUGGUCCAACAUCCGCGACCUCAAAGCCGUCCAGAUCGCCUACUCCACCUCUAGCGACCCCUCCGCCCAGAGCGACUUUAUCGGUGUAGGCCAGAACCUCAGUAUCUCGUAUGUCGGGACGCAGUGCGUGGCCGGUCCGGACUUUGCGGGGCUGGGCAUGAAGGUAGGAGAUGAGGUUACCGUGCAGCUGGGUUGGCAGGCCGGUCCGAGGUCUAGUCCGGGAUUUGAGUGCGCCGACCUCACGCUCGUCUCCAACGACGAAUACGCAGCCGGCAACUGGACGGUCCCAUGCACCAACACAAUCCUCACCACGCAAAUCCGAGGUGGCGCCAACCCCCAGCUCGCCGCUCUCAAAGAAGCCGAAGCUGCGUCGAACUCCAACUCCAACUCCACCUCUACCUCGGGAGGCGGGUCGGGUCUGACCGUGACCGAGGCGGGCGUCGUAGGCGCUAUGGUCUCCCUCGUGACUGUACUAUUGGCGCUGGGCGUGUUGGCUCUGGCGGGGGUGGUCGGUUUUGGGAAGCGGGCCAAGCGGGCCCGGGCUGGAGCUGGGCGGGACCACGUUGUUCGGGACGAUAUGACGGAGAAGUCGGUUGGGUCUGCUUAG